UAGUCUUUCCACUUGCACUUUGUAAAUGCUUCUCUUCCGGUUUAGUGUUCCGUGGUGUCUCUAUUUGUUCGUAUUCUUUUAAUAACAACCUUUUACAGGUGUCGCAGUAUUUAAGUGGUAGGUCGAUUAUGAUCUUACAACAAUAUAAAAGACACGAGUGGAUUGUGCAAGUGUUUUGACUGGUCGAAGCAGCUGGUUCAGGCGGACGGAAUUGAGAAAAAUAUCGGUCCCUGGCCUGGUACCAAGAACCAGGAGAGGCAUAGGGUUCCGGGUCUGUUAUACGGCCGCAAUGUCUCAGAGUGUGCUGACAGGAAUGGAGAAUUCAGCUGCAAGUGUGCUAAAGAGGGCUGUAGAGUUAGACAAUGAGUCCCGUUUACAGAGUUCAUUGGUUUGUUAUCAGGAAGGAAUCGAUCUUCUUUUGCAGGUUUUGAAAGCAACAAAAGAUGACACAAAAAAAGUCUACUAUCGACAGAAGAUUAGUACCUACAUGGAUCGAGCAGAAGUAAUUAAAACCCAGCUGAAUAAGCUCAAAGAAGAAGGCAAAUAUCACGAGCAGAUCAAAAUUGCAGAAGACACUACUGGGUUUAGUUAUGAAAAACUAUUCAAACCAUAUUUGGACCAGUUUGUUACUGAAGUAUGGGUGGAAGAUCCUUACAUCAGGCAUGUUCAUCAGCUAUACAACUUCUUGAGAUUUUGUGAGUUGCUUCUAAAAGGACCUUGCAAAGUUAAAACUAUCCAUCUACUGACUUCUCUUGACAAUAAUGGUGGUAACUCGCAGCAGAUCAGUGGCCUUGAAGAGAUAAAGCAGUCAUUACAAAGUUAUGGGGUAACAUUGGAAGUGAACCACUCCUCUUCGAUUCAUGACCGAGAAAUCAGAUUCAACAAUGGAUGGAUGAUCAAGAUUGGAAGAGGACUAGAUUACUUUAAAAAAACACAGGGCCGAUUUUCCAUUGGUUACUGCGAUUUUGACUUGAGACAAUGCCACGAAACUACAGUGGACAUUUUCCAUAUCAAGUAUACAAAGAAUUCAUAAUUCACAGGUCCUGCUGUACUGGAUAUGUUAUUACCUUGUUUUGCAAUUUAUGAAGACUUACCCUUCACUAUUGCAAAAAACAAUGAAGAUCCAUGAAGCUAACAUUACUUGAAUACCUAGCACCAAACAAGCAUUUUCUAAACAGAAAGAACUUAAAAUAUUCACACAGUUUAACUUGGAAAACUGAAUGUACCAAUAAUUUAUCAAGACUUCCUGACUGUUUAUACAUUAUGUAUAUUUAGUGCAACUUUGAUAAAAGUUGACAGUUCACUCACUUAUCAUGUAGCUCCAUGCUGAUUGCUGUGCAAAGCUGCUGUAAACUGAAUAAUUUAUAUUCACCAUAAUGCAGCCUAUAUUUUAGAUCAAUACAGGCAAUGUUACUGAGGGAAGAGGGUGGAUUUCAAUACACCUGGAAGUGAGACACAUCUUUCAAGUGGCAUAUUCUUCUUCUAAUAGAACAAGUUCAAUUUCAUAUCUACAUUCUAGAGUCAACAAAACUCAAAUCAUACUAUACAAAAAUAUCAGGAGCAAAACAUUGCAGUGACUCAAGUUGUAUCUAGUACAAAUAAUGAUGGUUCUCGUUGCUGGAGAUCAAGUCAUCACUGCAGAAGUUCCUUGGGGACAGUGCCCUAACUCAACUAUCUCCAGCACUCUCAUCAAUUACCUUCUUCGUCAGAGAUCAGAAAUGGGUGUUCAUUAACAAUUGAGAUUGAAAGUUAUCCACUCCCUCCUCAAUUUUUGUGCUCACAUGCAGAAAGACAGGAACAACAUUUGAACUUGGGUUGUUAAGAUGGUAUUCAUGCCAUCUCCAACAAGAGAAAAAUCUGAUAAUUUCCUCUUGACAUUAAAUGGUAAUACCGCUACUCAUUUCUCCAUUGUCCAAAUUUUGGAGGUCACCAUUGAUCAGAAACUAAACUGGACCAGUCACAAAUAUUGUGCAACAAAUAACUCACCCCCGACUCUCCAUUGCCUUUCCACUAUGUAAAGGUAUAAAAAAGAAGUGAUGAAAGUCACUCCACCUGCCUGGAUGACUCCUGCUCCACCAACGUUCAAGAAACUUGACAUCAUCCAGGACAAAACAGUUCACAGCAUUCACUGCUAAACUUGAAAUCUGGACCAGAGGUAGUGCAGCAAACUGCCAAAGCUUCCUCAACAGCAUCUUCUAGAAUUCUGAAUCCACACACAAGAAUGACAAGGAAGCAGGUGCUGGGAACACUGCCACCUGCAAAUUCCCUCUCAAGCAACAUAUCAUCCCUACUCGGAAAUACUUCACAUUCCAUUCAUCACUAUAAAUUUCGUAUUUAACGACAAUGUAGAAGUAUCUACACACCAUGGACUACAGAACUUCAAACAGGCCUACCACCGCACUCUUAAGGGCAAUUAAUGCUGGUCUAGUUAACAAUGUACACAUUACAUAAAUGAAAAUCUAAUGUAUGUUCACGUAUUUGGUUCACCAUCUUGCAUGGAUAUUGUAAUUUAGCAAAGUAAAGAUAUUGACCAUAUAAAAUUCAGUUGUAAGAAAAACAAUGUAGCGUCUUCAAGACAUUCUAAAUUGAUCUCUUUUCUGCCCUCCAUUCAAAAUAACCAACUUUAAAAUUUCAGUCAAUCCACAUGAUUCUUGCUCGGAUUUUGCAGCAGUAAUUAAUGUUGAGAUUGUCAUUGUUCGCACUCAUGACUGAAACAAACAGCAAUGUCUUGAAUCCAGAGGGUGUGCUAUUCAAGUACUUUUCCCAACCUCACCUUCCUCGACCAACUGAAAUCAUUGGAAACCAAUGAUGAGAAUUUACAAGUCUUGCUGUAGAAACCCUAAAUAAUGUUUCAUCUUACUGGAUCAGGAGUAACUACAUUUUUAAAUGCCAUAUGGAGUUAAUAGUUACUGCCAAAUCCUCUAGCAGGGCUUUUAGAGGAGAGGCAGUAGCACAGUAAUAAUAUCAUUGGACUAAUCAUCCAGAAUCCCAGGUGAAUUGUGUGUAGUCAUGGGCUCAUAGAAGUUGAGGAAAUUUGCACUCAAUAAAAAAAUUCUGGAAUGAAAGGCUAACCUAAUGGAAACUCUGGUAAACAAGAUGGGUUUUUUUUACAACAAAGUCAUUUAAGCAGGAAAUCUGCUAUCCUUAUCGGGUCUGGCUUACGAAUCAUUUCAGACCCACAGCAAUGUGGUUAAAUAUUAACUGCCAUUUAGAUAAUUAGAGAUGGGUAAUAAAUACUGGCCUAGCCGGUGAUGACACAUCCCAUUAAGACAUUUCAAAAAGCUACUGUUAUACUUGGGGAAAUUUCAGAGUUCUCCACAGUGACAAAAUUCCCCUGUUUAAAACAAAUUCUCAUUUCCAUUGAGUAAAGGGAAAACCACAAAAUAGUGUUCUUUGCGGGCAGUUUUCGUUGAGAUCUGUAGUAAGUACUUUGGUUCAGGUUGCGUGGACGUUGGCAAAGUCUUACAUUCAUAAGUUAUUCCUCAAGAAAGAUGCAUUUCAAAAAAAUAUAUACUUUCACUGUGGGUUCUGUGUUUUCUAAACAACAGAUUGGAAUUUAGCUUCUUUAUUUCCAAAAAAAAUUAAAACAUGUGGCUACUGAGGCAUAACGCAAUAUAGACAUAUACAAUACAAAUGUAGAAAGAUGGGGACGACAUUUGAACUUGGGUUGUUAAGGUGGUAAUAUACAAUAAGAUGGUAUGUAUACAAUAUAACUGUGUCCAACUUCCAUGAUUUUCCAAGUGACCAUGAAUUAAACUCUUUUGUGGUUUGUGCAAUUUAACCAAACAACCUUUGUUGCCUGAGAUAAUGGGAACUGCAGAUGCUGGAGAUUCCAAGAUAAUAAAAUGUGAGGCUGGAUGA